GAUGGCUAACAUGGCUAAAGUUGUCCAGGGCAACGUUGUGUUGGAUCCAUUCGCCGGUUCUUGCGGGGUCUUGCUGGCCUGCGCGUACUUUGGCAUGGGCAUGGGUCUCGGCCAAGACAUUUGCGAAGCGACGUUGCGAGGAGAAGGCCCUGGUCGCACCGUGCACUCCAAUUUUGAAGCGUUUGGGUUUGCAGUUCCUGAGUUGUCGUUGUGUGACGUGCGGGCGUCCAGUUGGCGGAAGACAUGGACAGUGGACGCCAUCGUAUCCGAUCCGCCCUAUGGCAUCCGCACGUUCGGAGCGACCGAGUCGGAGGACGGGAGCCGCUUUGAUGACCAGUACGUGGCACACCUGGUGCGCGUAUGGAGCCCGCACCUCGUCGCAGGCGGCCGCAUGGUCUUUUACGUCUGCGGUCCAUCCAAACACAAGCAAAGUCUCGUUUCAUACCUAACCGACCUUCUUCUUCUUGGCUCGAAUCUCAGCAUUGUCGACGUGAUUGAGACUGGCGUGCACUUUAUGGACAACAACUCGUCCAUCGAUACGGCGGCGUGGACUCGUAGUUUAGUGGUGUUGGAGAAGCGCAGUGAUUCAUCCUAUCACCUUCCGCUGUUGGCUCUCCAACUAGCCAACAAGCCACAGACAUCGUUGUCAUCACGCAAUCUGCCGUGGACUGUGAGUCGGAACAUGGAGCCAUUGGACAUUUGGAGAGCGGCGUGGCUGGGGGACAUUUCGUCGCUUGAAAAGUUUGUGGCAGAUAAAGGAGGUGACAUCAACGCCCCCGAUGAUCACGGCAAGACGGCGCUGUACUUUGCCUCUGGGUACAACCAACUCCGAGUCGUCGCGUUCUUGGCGGCAAUCGCGCUCGACGUGGAUGCACAAGAUGUCGACGAGAAGACGGCGCUCGUGCAGGCGGCCCGCCACGGCCACGCCCAAGUCGUUCGAUUGCUGCUGAAAGCGGGCGCCGAUCCAUGUAAACUGUCGUCGAAACGAUGGUCUCCAGCGUAUUUUGCAGCCACGUAUGGCCAUCUCGAGGUGUUGCUUGCUCUGUACGAGGCAUCGCCAGCCAGUCUCAUGUUGCCAGGCCCAGGCCAUGCCACGGCCAUUCACAGAGCAGCCGAGCGGGGCCACGCGACUGUCGUGGAGCGCUUGAUCUCGCUGCAUCCACCGCUUGCCACGUCACGGGACUGGCUAGGGCGCACGUACAUCGCCUACGCGGCCCGCCACGGCCAUGUAAAUGUGCUGGAGCUGUUUCCUCUCCAGUCCAGCGACCCAGCAGUAGUAGACCAUGACGGGAACACGCCACUACAUGAAGCGGUGCGAUACGGUCGACUCGAGUGCGCUCAGUGGCUGCUGGACCACCACGAGGGGUUGAAAUCGGUGAAGAACAAGGCGGGGAACGAGCCCAAAGACGUUUCCAAGGCGCCAGACAUGCAGAGGUUGUUUACAACUCGUUAAUAAACAAACUAAUCGAUGCACUGGUCAAUGACUCGACCAGACUGACGUCAGACACUUGCAUCGAUCGCCAAUCGGCCGAGAAAUGCGACACGAGCUCGGAGAAAACGACUUUGUGGCGGUGGAGGGCGUUCAAGGUGGCGUGCACUCCCAUACACUUGACCUGAUACAUAAGCAUACACAGUCAACCCAAUCCUCUAUA